UAAAUUCGUUCACUUCAGUAAAAGCUUUUGUGCUAGACAGAUCAUAACACUCACGAGCGAUCAAUCCGUUAGCAUGGCUGAUAAUCAAGAGCACCAAGACGUCGAGAUGACAGGUAAUGGUCAGGAGGCAUCCGGCAAUGGGGAACAGAGCCAAGGCAAUGGAUCUAAUGGCAAUGCCGAACAUUCUGGGAUUCGUAACGACGAUCGGAAGCUGUUUGUUGGUGGACUUGGCCCGGGAACUACCGAAAAGGAGCUGAAGGAGCACUUCGAACAGUACGGUGAGAUCGAGAAUAUCAACGUGAAGACUGAUCCCAACACUGGUCGCUCGCGUGGGUUCGCUUUCAUUGUGUACAAGAGUACCGAAUCCAUCGAAAAGGUAUUCGCCGCUGGCGAUCACGUAAUCAACGACAAGAAGGUUGACCCGAAGAAAGCAAAAGCACGCCAGGGAAAAAUUUUCGUCGGUGGUUUGGCUCCGGAGAUCAGCGAUGAGGAGAUUAAGACUUUCUUCGGUCAGUUUGGCAGCAUAGCCGAAGUUGAGAUGCCGUUCGAUAAGCAAAGGAACCAGAGGAAAAAUUUCUGCUUCAUCACGUUCGAGUCUGAGCAGGAUGCCAAUGAAGUGCUGAGAACUCCCAAGCAGACAAUCUCCGGUAAGGAAGUCGAUGUUAAGAAGGCCACCCCGAAGGCGGACCAUAUGCAAAUGGGCGGCCGCGGUGGAAUGCGCGGUGGCCCUCGCGGAGGAAUGCGUGGUGCACGGGGAGGAUUCGGUGGCGCCAGAGGCUACAAUCAGGGCUGGGAUGGAGCCGGAUACGGUGGUCCGGGAUAUGGAAACGGAUACGGAUACAGCGAUUAUAGUAAUGACUGGGGCUAUGGGGGCUUCGGCGGAUAUGAUUACUCGAACGGCGGUGGUUUCCAGACUGGUAAGCAACGCGGUGGACGCGGCGGUGGUGGUCGUCAACAAAAAUUCAACCCAUACUAAUUCCCGAAAAUGAACGUGGAAUUCUCAUUGAAAACUAAUUGUCCCAUCGCUAGUGUCCAUUAAGCGGAGAAGGCUUUUCCCACGGUUCGUGGGUGGGAUCAUAUCUGGGCAGCUGCGUUCUUCAGUUAAUUAUAUUGUAGGGAAAAUCUCGAGUUGAAAGGUGAAAUAAAGUUGUAAUAAAAAUAAA